AACCAAUACCGACAUACUAAAGGAAACAACUGAUAGUUAAACCAAUACGGCAAUACCGACAUGGCGACUCACAUAGUACAUACUAUACCGUGUUAUCAAACACCGCCAAAGAGUGCCAAAGGGGUGCAAAUGUACAAUAAUCAUGUUUUCAUGCACGUUAUAAUCAACAUUGUACUUGUACUAUUAAUUGUUAAUUUGUUACCUCUUUAUUCUUUCAUCAAAAUUAACCAUUCAUUUCUUCAACCAAUAAAAAAUCAAACUCUGAUUAUAUUCUUAGCACCAUAACCAAAUCCAAAAAUGGCAGACCCAUCACUUGACCAAGAAAUAGCCCAACACAAUAUGACUCAACCUAUGAAGGGGAUCGUCAUAGAUUACACCCCACAAGUUUGUGACCAUUGCUCGCAUACCAAUGAGAUCGCGAUCACCUUCGACGACCGAGGCGGCUCGCGCUGGCGAUCUCCCGGUCGUUACCAAUAUGGGACCUUUAGUGCUGAAAUCCAAUGUCCUAAGGGGAAUACUAGUGGUCUUAAUUUCAAUAUUUAUCUUUCUUCUUUGGAAGGUGAUAAUUACCAAGAUGAGAUCGACUUUGAAUUUUUGGGCAAGGAUAAAACCAUUGUUCAGACCAAUUAUCACAUCUCUGGAACUGGGAACAAGGAGGAAAUUCAUGAGUUAGGAUUUGACUGUUCAGAUGGGUUUCACGAGUACGUGAUCAAGUGGUUCCCAAACGUAAUCGAGUGGCUCAUCGACGGGAAACUAGUGCGACGGGUGGAGAGACAGAGCGACUCUGCCUUCCCUGAGAAGCCUAUGUUCCUCUAUUCAUCAGUAUGGAAUGCUAGUUACAUCGACGAUGCGAGGUGGGCUGGUCCUUAUGUAGGGUGUGAUGCGCCCUAUGUUUGCCGUUACAAAAAUGUUCAUGUACCUAUUGAAUGUGCAGUUGAGGAAUGACUUGUUUAAUGUUAUGUUACACUCAUUUCGUGUUACAUUGAACUUCGUUAUGAUUCAUGUGUUAGGCUUUUCUUUUUCGUCCUAAUAAUUGUGUUUGAUAUCAUACAUAUUAGUGAUCGAGUCAUUAAUAUAUUUUAUAGAUACAAGACUGAGGUUUAAUCUCUUAUGUUAGGUAAUUCGGUCCAUGCUUAUAUUACAU